GCUCUUCUCGUCAGUAGUCUCUCGCUGCGCUCAACAAAAUAUUGUCGGCACCUUGGAGAAUAAGCAUUUUCAUGCUUGCUUCACCGUUAUCUACGCUUUCUGGGUUAUAGACUUUCUACUGUCCUUACUCGAUAGAGAAUGCUAAUGACCUGACUGGGGACACCGCGGAUCAUUUCCUCUUGCGAAAGGACAUCUCAUUUCAGCUUUUCAAAGUUCUUGUGACUCAGGACGCUACCUCUCUGGCUACUAUUCUCUCUCGCUCUGGACCCUGCUGAUCGCUUCAGAUACCACGGUGAACUCUAUCGCAAUACUGCACAGGACAAUCUUCAGGCGAAACGCCGGCUCGUGGUAUAAAUCUCGCCUUGCUUGUGUGCCGGCAAGACGUCUACACUCCCUUACUUCUAUGGCACCUCCCGGAGUUCAUGAGAUGCGCCCUAAGCUAAGAGUCGCAGUAGUACAAUUUACACCAAAAAUAGGUCAAGUGCAGGAAAAUAUUGCCAAAGCUUCCAAACUAUGCAGCGAACUUCGACCGAAUUCCGUUGACUUGGUCUGCUUUCCGGAGAUGAUAUUCACCGGUUAUGUGUUCUCUGACUCAAAGCAUAUAUCUCCGUUUCUCGAGGAGCCGAUGCAGGGUCCUACCUCUCGAUUUUGUGCGGAACUUGCGAAGCGGUUGCACUGUUAUGUCAUGGCAGGAUAUCCGGAACGUCUUGCGCCCCAUGAAGUUCAAACGGUCACGAUAGAGCAUGGCCAAACAAUCCAACAGGUCGGAGCAAAUAGUGCAGUCGUGUACGAUCCUCAGGGGAACUUCGUUGGGAAUUAUCGCAAGACAAACUUGUUCAAGACGGAUAUGCCAUGGGCACGACCUGGGACCGGAUUUAUGACCCUGCAUCUGCCACCGCCUUUGAAGACCGUCUGUCUUGGAAUCUGCAUGGAUCUAAAUAGCCAACCCCCUGCAGAGUGGAGUCUAGUGGAUGGGCCAUACGAAAUAGCAGACCAUUGUGUUGAGCAAAAUGUUGACGUCUUGAUCUUGCUUAAUGCGUGGUUGGACUCUGGGGAAGAGCCAGAUGAACAGCGCGACUGGCACACAUUAAACUAUUGGGCCUUACGACUAAGACCUUUGUGGGUUGAUCAUGACAAGAUAUCAUCCGACCAACAGGCUUUACACGUGCAGGCCAAGGAGACCGUUGCAAUUAUUUGCAAUCGAUCUGGUGAAGAAAAUGGCGAAACGUUCGCAGGCACGUCCGCCUUGUUUUCUCUUCCGUGGGGUUCUGGGCGGCCACGAUUGCUACACGCCCUUGGGCGGCACACUGAGGGCAUCGCCAUUUGGGUAGUUUGACAAUUCGCGGUUGCUGUGCAGAUGUCGCACGACUGGCUUCAAAAGGGAACUUUCGGCCGUGGGCGGGAGUAGUUUUUGGUACAAGCGUAAUGAGUACUGUAUGUACUACCUGCUGGAGGAGCUCACCUCGGCUUGUAAUUCCAUUCAUGCGAAACACUACAUGUUAUAAGAAUGAAUGCAACACGUUAGAAAUUCGCCGACAUGCUCAGUUCAGUAAGACAAU